CGAGCCGGUGUUCUCUACUUCUUUCUAUGUUUUUUUCUUAGUAUUUAGUUUUUUCUCUUGAACAUUUGUUGAUGUUUUGUGAGUUUUGCAGUUUCUAAUAUCUGACCAUUAUUAAAAGUUCCACUUCCUUCUUGAGCAGCUCGAACGGCGUCUUUUUCAGCUCACUAGAUGAUAGCGCUUCUCCAUCAUACUUGAAACUUGAUUGAAGCUCCCGGAAGCUCUGCACAGCAUCGACUGCAGAUCACUCUCACUCCUAUGAGGUUUCUUCUUUUUGACCUAGCCUGAUUUUUUGUCUGCAGACGUCAAUAUGAGCAGAAUGUCUUUAGAUUGUAUGAAAGCAGAAUACCUGAAAGAGUUACAAGAUAACCCUCUAGAUGUACAGCUGGUCAACGUUCUUCAUAAGAAGUUUCAACAAUUCUCCUCCAUAGAUCAUGACAAACAUGCAGUUGUGGAUCAAGUUUUACGAGAUCACUUGCUCAACUUUCUGACAAUCAAAACUUUGCAGAAAGGAGAAAUGAUCUCAGCAUUUGAAGUUCACUUGAACAUCUGUAUUGAAGCUUGCAAGAGAGACAUGUGCUCUCCAACAAUGCCUAUUUUGCUUCUUGGUGACAUUUUUGACACAUCAACUUUAGAUGUUUGUGAAAAGUUGUUUUCCUUCGUUGAGCGGAAUGUCAAUGUUUGGAAAGAAGAGAUGUUUUUUACUGCCUGUAAAAACAAUUUACUGCGCAUGUGUAAUGAUCUCCUAAGAAGGCUGUCAAGAUCUCAAAAUACUGUUUUUUGUGGUCGCAUUCUGUUGUUUUUAGCUAAGUUUUUCUCAUUCUCUGAAAGAUCAGGUUUAAACAUCAUCAGUGAAUUUAACUUGGAAAAUGUCACAGAGUAUAGCACUACCAGUUUUGAGAAAAUGGAUGUACAGGAAGAUGUGGAAGCUGAAGUCAACAAUAAACUCAAAGUUGAUUUCAACCUGUACACAAAAUUCUGGGCUCUGCAAGAUUAUUUCCGUAACCCCACACUUUGUUAUAACAAAGUCCAGUGGAAAACUUUUACCAGUUAUUGUAGCUGCGUGCUGACUGCUUUUAAAAAUUUUAAGCUGGACGACAUCAAUGUUAGCAAAGACUCUUUGUCCAUGUCCAUCGAGAGUCAACUUCAAGGCCAACAUUAUUUUGCCAAAUUCUUGACUAAUCAGAAGCUCUUAGAACUGGAAUUGAGUGAUGUGAAUUUCCGGAGAUACAUUCUUGUUCAGUGCCUGAUAUUGUUUCAGUACUUGACUUCGCCAGUCAAAUUUAAAAUGGAUAAUGCAGAGUUAAAACCAGAUCAGCUUGACUGGAUUAAAACGAUAACAGAGCAAGUCUACUCCUUACUGCAUGAAACACCUCCUGAUGGUGUUUUGUUUGUGGAAACUAUCAAACAUAUUUUUCAGCGUGAGGAGCACUGGAAUAAUUGGAAAAAUGAAGGCUGUGCUGAGUUCAAAAAGCCUGAGCCUCCAGCAGUAAUGGAUGAAAAAUCUGACUUUGAACUAACAAAGAACCGCACCAAAAAGACUGAUUCAAGGCUAUUAGGUGACAUAAUUAAAGGAGCUGCGGAAAAGAAGCAGUUCUAUUUGGGGAACUCAGAAUUAGACAAACUGUGGAAUCAUGCAGCUGAUAAUUUGGAGUCAUGUAAGGCCAAGCAACGAGAUUUCCUUCCAUCAAUUGAAUCCUAUUUUGAGGAGGCUGCAAAAGAAGCUGACCCUUCGCUAAUGAUUGAAGAUCAAUACAAGAAAGUCAAUGAUGGUAAUUUUGGCUGGAGAGCUUUACGACUUUUGGCAAGGCGGAGUCCAUACUUUUUUGUUCAAAGCAAUAAUCCGAUUAACACGUUACCUGAAUACCUGGAUAUCAUGAUCAAAAAGAUAUUCAAAGAAAGACAUACGAAAGUACAUGUAGUUGAUGGCGUAAAGACGGAACCUGAGCAGGAGAACACAAACACUGUCGAAAUGACAGAAACAGGGAACAUGGAUGAGGAUUUAAUAAAAAGCGAUGAUAAGGCAUCCAAAAGUGACCAAAAGAAACCGGUUCUUGUUACCAAAGAACACCUGGACUCAGUUGCCAGCCUUGUAGCAAACAACUGGCGUGGGUUAGGCAGGAGAUUAGGUCUACAACCAGAUGAGAUUGAAUUCUUAUCAAGUCAACGGCCAACAGAUGAAGAAAGAGCAAGGCACCUUCUGCAAUUGUGGAUAGAAAUGGAUGAUGAGCCUUUAGUUGAUGACCUAGUUUAUGUUCUUGAAGGUUUAGAAAUGACUGCAGCGUGUCAACUGUUGAAAUCGUUAAAUUGAAAUCCUUUUUGGAGGGAAGAUUGGGCAGCUUUUAAAAACUGAGUUUACACAAAUUUCCAGGUUAACUAAUUUUUUAUAGAAAGUUUCCGAAGAGAAAACAAUGAGUUUAAGGUCAGUUAUUUUGUUUUUUUCCUUUUAUUUUCUGACAGAUCAGGUUUUUUUCCUCUUUAUUCAAGUAUAAUUCCACCACAUAUUGAAUAAUUUUUACCCUGACUCAGCCACAACCUUUUUUUGAGUGCAGAGUAUAAAAUCCUAGGGAAGAUUUCUCUUUAAUGUUCUUUAUAUGUGAUUGUCCACAGGAAAAGCGACCUUAGACCACAAAAGUCUAAAAUUCAGUUAUUGGUACUGAAGCAUUAAGGAGUAUUCUGUGAACAUUUCCAGACAAAAAACACCCAAAACUAUCAAACCAAACUAGAGUUAGGGCGGUUAGAAGUUUGCAAAUCAAGAACUUACUUAGAGAAACAUUUAUUUAAAGUUCUAAUCUGCCACUUUCAGUUUACUUACAAGAUUAUUAUCCAACUUUACACCUUUUAUUGGAAUGAAAAUGAACUGAGUCGCUCUCAUCUUAUUCAUUAGGACACUCAAUAGGUAUUUGCAUCAGAAUCUUGAGACUCCGAUUUCUCCACCAACUCAAGAAUAAUUAUUAUCCUAAUGAAAAUUUGGAAUGAUUGAGGAUAGAGGAAAAUUGCCAGCAGUUAAACAAUAGAUUCAAGAGUUAAACAUUUAAAUGAAGUGCAGAAUUGUUACAGUCAUCAAAAUAUGUCAGGGUGAACUAUAUCACUAACAUAGAAAGUAUAUUUUUAUUAAUGCAAAGAUCUCAACGUAUUUAUAUGCCAAACUUUAGUAAUGUAUUUGAUAGAAUCUAUGAAUAAAACAUUAAUUUUUGUACAAUUCAA